AUGUCCCCUCAAUCCGUCGCCAUUCCGGCCGGCCCUUUACUGGCCGAAAUCCCCAAUUUGUGGAAAAAGCGAUUCGACAAGAGACAUCUGUCCACCAACCCGGUGAUCGCCACUCUCGAUAUCGAAUACAAUGAGCUGGUGCAGUCAUGGAAACGGUUCCAGGAUUACCUCCCGCCAGACGAUCUCGUCCGCUUCCACGAACGCCUACAGGGUCCCGAGGAUGUUUUGGAGGUCGUCAGCAACAUCGAGCCGGUUUGGACGUCCACGUCGGAACUGCGAGUGCUGCGGGAAUGCUGUGACGAGUUUCGAUCCACGUUGAGCUUACAUGGGGGGUUACUGACCGCCCUUCCGAAAAACGAAUUGUACGGCUCCAUCUUUUACAGCGUCCUGCAGUCUUUGCUCAAGGCAUCCGCCGGCUACCCGAGAAUCAUGGAAGGCUUGGUGAAGGCACUGGUUCAGAUCAACCGGUCCAUUGGUCCCCCAGCAAUGGGUGACACACUACCGCUUUCGAAAGACUCGGUCAACGCCAUUGCACGUUUCUAUACGCUUCUGUUUUUCUUCCUGGGCGAGCUGAUGGACUGGUAUGUGCGCAAGUCCAUCUGUCGGCUGCUCCAGAGCCCCAAGCACGACCUCUACCGCGAUUUUCAAAGCCUCGUGUGCCAUAUCCGACGCAGCGCAAGAGACAUGAUGUAUAGCCUGACUGAUGCCAUGGACCUGGACGACAGCUACUGUGAUCGGCUGUGUGACUUGAACGGUGAUUUCUAUCUUCAAAACUACGAGCAGGCCCGAUUAAGCCAAGUGGGUCUUCAGAAAAUGGACCGUCGGUUAGCGGCCCAGAAUGCCCUGACCCGUCAGUUGCUCUGGGAGAUCCAUCAGGAUGCGGCGGAGCGCAAGCGAUUGCUCAAGGAACGAGACCUGCUCCUGACGCAGCUGUUGGGCACUGUCAGUCUCCAGCUACAGUCCGUGAGCAAGCAAAACAGCGGGAUUGCCUGUUUGACCACCACCGCUUCACAGGACUUAGGUAGGGAAGCCAGGUUCACGUGGCCCGAACUGCUUGAGGAGCUGACCGUGCACGCAUUACAAGACACAGACAGGUUCAACCUGAUUGGAGAGGGGCACAAGCACAAGUACACCCGCAUGGAGCUGCAGUUGGCGUCUCGACAUCUCGAAGACUUUUUUGACUCGGCUGACCAAAACCCCGACCUCGACCCCGAUGUGCCGGUCAUUGCCGAAGAGAAUGUCAUGACCUCGUUGAACCAAUGGGCGACGGAUGCACACUCGCAAGUACUCGCCGUGGGGGGUCCCGCAUCGACGGUCUACCCCAGCCCGGUGCUUCUUGUCUCGACCUGCUACGCCAACGUUGCACGAAAAGCUCGGCUGCCCAUCAUCUCUCACUUCUGCAACCGCACCGAUGGAGGGACCGAGCUGACAUUCGAACAACACCUCAUCGCCCUGGCGUACAGUUUGAUUCGGCAGUUGAUCGAAUACCUGCCUCCGGUCGUCGAAAGCCAUGCUGGGUGCAACCUGAGCGCGGAGCGAUUCAAACCGCUCAACGGCACGCUCACAUCAUGGAAAGAGGUGCUCUCACUGAUUGAUAUACUGCUUCAUUUUGCCCCGCCGCUGUUGGUGUGCGUGAUCCACGGGCUGGAUAUCAUCCAGGACGCGUCGACAGAUCAGCAGAUCCGCUCGUUGGUCCGAAUCCUCCUGAUGCACACACGCCACCAGACGGUCUUGACGCCGACCGGGGGGCAGAGCCAGAGUGUGCUGCUGAAGAUCCUGUUCACCGUGGCGGGACGACCGAGCUCGCUGGUGGAGACCCUGUCGGAGAACGAGCUGAUUCUACGGGAGUCAAACGAGACGGAGACGGAGCUGGCGGCGACCGAGCCGGCGCUAAACCCCGACCUGGGGGCCGUGAUGAUGAAUGCAUAA